AUGCCUUGCCUUCGCGGCAUCGAGGUGUCGCUAAGCACGAAUCCGGGUGAUGAGCAGAUCCCCGAAUAUCCACAUCCAGAAGGCACAUCGGCUCGAAUACUUGGUGUUUCUGACGAUGAUCAAGUCGCUCUGUUCGGUUCCAGCGUUCGGUCGUGCACGGAAAGCCCGGUUGCUCGCCGCAAAGCCGGCCCAAUUGUUUCGGUUUAUAUUCCAUCGAUCCCAGGCACUGCGUUUGCCAUCAACUACGCUGUCAAUACCGCGCCGCCUGCCCCUUGUAAGUAUGUCUUUUUCCGGCUUUACAUAAAUUCGCGACCUAUCGCCGCUUGGGGAAUCGAUCCGGACGUCCAGUCAAGCGGCAGUGUUGUCAAGUCUCUAUGGGCACCCUGUGCACGCUACGAUGGCCAUGUGGGAUUCGAAGCGCGCAACUUCGUCUUUCUACCUGGCCAAGAGCGCAAAUCUGUCGCCGAGGAUGGUGGCCUCAUCGAGGUACAGGCCUUUCGUGCCAGAGAGAGACGGGCUCGGGCGCCGAGAGUGGAAGAGUUUCGAUUGCAAGAAAGCUAUGGCAUUGCCGCUCCAAGUAUCGGGCUCGUGGAGCAACCACAGGACGCUUGCUUUUACGACUGGCAUCUUAUCGACGCAAAGGACGAGCCUUUUGCAUCGUUUAGGAUCCAUUACCGAUCCUGGGAGAAUCUCAACCAACUGAACCUCAUCCCUGCAACUGAGCUUGAACUUCUGCAUGAAGCUUCCCCGAAGGCGCUCAAGAGCAUGGUCAAGAUCGAUAUCGAUAACGGCUCUGAUGGCUUACAUGAGACUUCGUUUGAAGGGCAGUCGUUCCUAUUGGAGGAUUCGGACGAUGCUUCGAUCCAGGAACUUACGCCCAAACCUAAUGAGAUCCAAGUUGGGAAAGUAUUAGAAAACUCGGACGAUGCUUCGAUCCAGGAACUUACACCCCAACCCCAUGAGAUCCAAUUUGGAAAAGUGUUGGAAGACUCGGACGAUGAUUCAAUCCAGGAACUUAGACUCCCAACCCAUGAGAUAGACGUUGGAAAACACCAAGUGUUCCAUACCUUCAUAUCUCCGCCAGAGUUUCUGGUUCCAGCCGGCUCAUACAACCCGGUUAUCCCUCAGCCAAGCAAAACGCUACGCGACGGGGCUCACGUUCUCUAUCCGCAACGUCCGUUGCCAAGGUAUCCUAUAGAAGGGACUAUCGGCGCCUGGAGACGGGCUUCUGCUACAUCUGUCGUAUCCGCUACGCACACGAUUGCCUCUUCUCUUCUCCAGCAUAUUGACGAAGGAUCUGUCGACAACGAGGAAGUCGAGAUUGGCGUCGCGCACCUUGUCAACCUUCCCCAGUCUAAAUUUGCUCUAGAUACUACCCCGGUUAAAGAGACCAAAUCGGCAUGUCUGGGAGAUUAUUCGUUUUCUGACUACGAAAACUCACCGAGAUCGACAAACGGCUCGCCUUCAGCAAAGAAGAUGCCCUCUCCGAGUUCCUACCUGCCUACAACCGGAAGCGGCUUGGAGCGCGGCCUUGCGCUCUUCGCCACGCCACAGCGACCCUCACCGGCCAAUGCCGUGGCUUCUACGCGAUCUCUGCUAGCCAAUUUCCACUCAGAGUUUGAUCUUUCCCGAAUGGAGAUGAUGGUGCGGCCCAAGCCGGUGAGCCCCUGUCGCUCACCAACUCGAAGAAGAGCCGCCAAGAUUGCCGCUCGCCUCGGUCGCACUUCGCCUCAAAAGAACAAAUCCGGCGGCAGAUCUUUUCUAUCAGGCCUUCAGAAACUCAGUGGAUUGCCACGGAAAUCAGCGGCGAAGGUGUCUAAGCGCGAGUUGCCCGAACCGCCGGCAAAAGUUGGUGACUUGGCCCAGUCCAAGACUCCAAAGGGGAUCUGA